AUGGGUUUUGCUGGUGUUGACAGCUUCAGACUGUUCCAGGAGGCAGCUGAUCCCCAAGAGGGCGUGGCUCCAGAACGUUGGCAAAUAAAAAUCCGGAGAGCCGGCACUGUCUGGAGACGAGCGGGAGACCUGAGGAACCCAUUCCGCAAGCCACUCAGUUCCUGGGCCUUGGAAGUGAUCCCCAUGGCAUCCCCCCAAAUGCUGCUCCUCUGCCUGCUGGUCCUGGCGGUCACGGAAGGCUGGGGUCGCCAGGCGGCCAUCCCAGGCUGCCACUUGCACCCCUUCAAUGUGACAGUGCGAAGUGACCGCCAAGGCACCUGCCAGGGCUCCCAUGUGGCACAGGCCUGUGUGGGCCACUGUGAGUCUAGCGCCUUCCCUUCCCGGUACUCCGUGCUGGUGGCCAGUGGCUAUCGACAUAAUGUGACCUCCGUCUCUCAGUGCUGUACCAUCAGUGGCCUGAAGAAGGUGAAGGUGCCGCUGCAGUGUGGGGGGGACCGGAGGGAGGAGCUGGAGAUCUUCACGGCCAGGGCCUGCCAGUGUGACAUGUGUCGCCUGUCGCGCUACUAGCCCGUCCUCUCCCCUCCUCCUCCACCUUGGUCAGAGGGUUUGAGGCAGAGUAUAGCCCAUGUAUCCGGCUCUCUUAAGAUUCUGUGAUUGUCACUCCUGAGAAGAGGCCAGUUUCUGCCUCUCCCCUGCCUCAGCCU